GCGUCUCGUCUCCUUGGAAACAGUGAGAGUAAGCGAGGAUAAAACUUGCUUCAGAAAAGGUUGCUUGGUGAAACAGUGAGAAAAAGCCUCACUAAAACAGCUUAAUGGACUUACUGGAGGAGUUGGAGUGCUCACCUGAAGGAGGGUCUCUGAAGUCUGGACUCUUCGAUGUGCUCCUUCGCAGUUUUGAUGAAACAGAGGAGGAGGAAGCGGAGGAGGAGGAGGAGCCAGAGUAUGUAUAUUUUGAUGAAGAGCCAGGUCCUCUUCCUGACUUGGACUGGUUGCUGGAAUUAUCUGAUGAUAGCGACGUCGACGUCAAGGGCGAGGGUGAUGGCGAUGGCGCCGGCGACCUUGCACCUGAGGCCGACAAUAGCAGGCAGAGGACUUUUGCCGAGACAGCACAGAUGUUCAAGCUGAGACGAAAACUGGACCAGCUGGACUCGUUUCAUCGACAGAAGGAGCAUGACGUGCAGAAAGCCAGAGAAAAGCUGAAAAUUUGCCGUCACAAUAUAGGAAGCUGCUUGGAGCAGAAGAGCCAACUGGAGUGGGAAAUAGAGCAGGAGAAGGCAAACGACAACAGUGUGGCGGUGUUUCGACUGAGCACCCAGCACAAGUUGUUGUGUCAAAACCUGCAGAAUGAAGAAGAGCUGGAAGGCCAAAUCCACGCCGAACUGAAGCAACAUGAAAUGGUGCUGAAUGAGGUGGAGGUGAAACUUGGCAACGUCUCCGCACUCCGCCAAGAGGUGGAGGAAGAAGAGCAGGUCUUCCAGGUCCUUAAAGCACAGAAGGCGGUAACAAGGUUGGAGCAGGAGAGGAAAGUCAGCCAGAACCGUCAACGCAGCAUGAAGCUUUUUAUGGAUGAAGAGGCAGCCAAGCUGAAGGAGGAGGAGAUCGAAUGUCAAAGGAAGACCGAAGAGUUUCAAGCAAACCGAAAGGUAGCUGCCAAGUACUUGAGGCAGAGCAACAAAAGGUUGCAUCAGCAAGUGGCGGAGAAGGAGCAGCAGAACAGGGAGUUUAUCGAAAGGAGGAUACAGGCUGUUGAGUCUCUAAAGUCUAACAUAGCAGCCAAUCAAGAGAGUUUGCGUGUUCAGCAAAGAAGAGCAAAGAAAAAAGUCCUGAAGAAAGAACAAGACGAAAGACACCUAAAAGCUUCCCUGGAGGCUCAAGGCUUCAACAGCUUCAAACAUGUGUACCUGAAGAGACAGCUAGAGGAGACAAAUCGAAAACAACAGGAAUUUGAAGAGAGCCAGAAGUCAAAGAGGCUGGAGAUUGUUGCAAAAAUUCUUCAGGAGGAACAGCUGGGAAAGAGCAGGAGCAAGGCACCGCCUUCCAAUCUCUCAUCUCAUGACAAGUUCUCAUCUUUGAGGCAAGGAAGAGAGUUGCUCCUCUCUUACCUGGAGCCUAAACUCCCAUCAGCCCCUACAUCACCAACAUCGAGACAGUACAGUACCAUCCCCGGAUCUUCUUCAACCUCCUCUGACGGUGAAAACUUCAAAAUGGAGAUGGAGGAAAUGGACGAGAUUGCUCACAAAAGCACCCCUAGUGACUUCCUUGCAGAGCCUGAAUUUUCCGGGCUGUGGGAACAAGAAUGUAAGAAGCCUGUCUUAUCUUCUGCAAAGUCAGAAGUCAAGGAAGCUGAGUCCGGCAUGGACAGCGGGACGUUAACUGCGACUGGCAAAAGGAUUCAUGAGAAAGAUUUGAAACGGCCUCCAUUCUCCAGCAAGCCAGAAGUCGUCCUCUUUAAGGACUUUGAAGUUGAGAAGAAGUAUAAGAAGAGAAUUGUCCUGACAAACAUCUCCUACACUAUUAAUUUUUGCAAGUUUAUCAAAACCUCUGCAGCGCUUAAGGACUUCAUUUCUGUCAAUUUUCAGCCUCCUGGUUCUUUAUCUACUGGGAUGUCUUUUGAAAUACUGGUUAUAUUCCAUCCUCUGAUUAAUGAAGACCUGGAGGGAGAAAUUUAUUUUGAAUCAACCUGUGGCCCCUUCUCUGUGCCGGUCAGAUGCACCAUAAAGAAAUGCAGCCCGGAGGUUGACUGCCAGUCUAUUGACUUUGGCUCGCACGUUGUCGGCGAGAGUGUUUCACGGACUAUAACCCUGACCAACAACGGAGCGCUGGCCAACUUCUUCAGCGUGGGCACCUCCAUGCAUCUCUCUGCGGCAAGGAGGCCUGUCCAGAUGCCAUCCCAUGAGUUUGCCAACACAGAUCCGGACAAUGAAAACAUAACUUAUUCCAGUCACCGGAGUUCUUUUUCACUGAGUUUAGAGGAGGUCCUUGCAAAGCGGCAGAGUUUUUCAACGGAACCUGACAUAAACUCUCACCUUUCCUUUGAUAUGGGCACAUGCGUUAACCUGACCUUUGUGGACUACUGCGACAUUACACUUGGAAAUGUAAGAGGAGGAGAGAUUGGACCCUUUCAAAGUAUCAAGCUGGAAAUUUUAUUCAAGCCAACCGUUCCCGGAGAGACCAUGAUGGACUUCUACAUCAGAUUCUCUGACGCAAACACAAAACCAAUACCCAUCCAUGUCAGCGGUGUGGCUGUCAGCAGCCCUGUAUGGGUUAUUCAUCCCAGCAUUGACCUGAAGAUCUGCACCUUUGACCGCCUUUAUCAAUACACUAUCGUCGUUCAGAGCAGAGAAAACAGAGCUUUUAAACUGACCUUUGAUGUGUGCCGGGAGAUGAGGAAACACCUGCAGAUUAUACCCAAACGUGGCUUCAUCCAGGCUCUGUCAACCUUCAAUGCCCAGCUGAAAUUCAUCCCAAGACAAUCCCUGUCCAAAGACGCUCAGAAGUAUUUUGACAGUGACACGGGCGUCCUAGAGGUUCCAAUGACAGUACAAGUAGCAGGGCAGGUGCUUCCAGCUCAAUACACAAUCCAUGCUAUUGUCACAUCUUCAGACUUGCAGUUUGACCAGAUCCAGGUGGACUUUGGUCACUGUUCUAUCUACCAUUUUGUCAGAACCACCGUUUGCCUCACCAACAGGUCCAUCCUGCCUCAAGACUUUGGUUUUGUGGCAGUUCCUGAGUAUAUUGAGGUCCAGCCUUACGAUGGCUUUGGCACUCUGCUUCCUCAAGAGACCCUGGAGAUCGACCUGAUUUUCAGGCCUAAAAAACCUAUAGAAUAUAAUUUCCAACUCCGCUGCAAAUCUGGAAUUGACAGAGACUUUGUGCUGCCUUGUCGAGGUGUGGGUUUUCAUCCACCGCUGGUGCUGUCCCACUCUCUGAUUCAGUUCAGACCUACGGCAGUAGGUGACAAAUCCACCGCCACGAUUUACCUGACUAACUACCAAGAUAAAGAAGCUGCAACUCGACUCAUCAAGGUUAUUUCAGCAGUUGAAGCUCCCAGGUUGUUCUGCUUCAGCUUACCAAAGGAUUCCGACAUCAGCGUAUCUCCUUCAGUCGGACGCCUUCUCCCCGGAGAGAAAUGCCUCGUUCAGGUGAUGUUCAGACCUGUUCUUCUGGAGAAAACGAUCACUGAAGAGGCUCUCCGUCUGCACCGUAUCGCCAAGGCGACCAGCGAGAAGGAGCCAGAUGUGAGCAAAGUCACUGAACACGAGAUGAAAAGAGACAUUCCUGCUGAACACAGCAGAGGGAGGAGGACACCUGGGUUUGCAAAGAAGAGGGAGAUAUCCCCUCCCUCCUCCAAAUCAGCUGAGCGAAUUGGCUUGAAUCCAGUGUCUGAACUGUAUGGGAAGGCCAGGGACUUGUUGCUGCGCUCCUUUACCCAAUCCUACAAAGAGUACAUCGUUCGCUGCUUUGUGUCAGACGGAGAUCCUCCAGAGGCCAAUGUCCAGCCAACAUGGAGUGCCAUAAACACGCUCCACCUGAAGCUGGAAUGUCCCGCUGUACAGCCCCCUCUGCUGGUGACUUCUGGCAAUGGCAAUAACGUCUUAGACUUCCGUCAAGUUUAUAUAGGAAGCAGAGUGAUUGAAAGGUUGACAGUUCAGAACAUUUCAGAGGAGCCUGUGGAACCAACGUCCUCAUUGUUGGACAUAUAUGGUCCUUUUUCUCUGCUCAAUGCUAUGAGAGGCUUAAAUCCUGGAGAAAAACACACUUUGGUCCUGGCUUUCAGUCCAACCUUGGAAAAAAAGUAUAGUGAAAUACUCCACGUGCGAGUCCCGAAAAUGGUUUUGGAAAUCAUUCUUCGAGGGGAGGGUGCACUUCCUUUUGUCACUUCGUCUCACUCUAGAGAUCUCCCUAACGUUGUCUACGCGUUGGAGAAAGACGUCGUCUCCCAACACUUCAAGCUAACGAACCGCUCAGCUGAGACCGUGGAAUACAGAGUGAUGCUGGCCAGUCACUCUCUCAACAGUCCUCAGCAUGGAUUAGACAGGGUAGCCUUGCUGCUGGAUGGACAUAGAGACACCCAGAUCCACCCAGCUGUGGGAACUCAGAACUACAGCGGGCUAAGUGUCUUCGGUGUACAGCCACUAGAGGGCAGCCUCGCUCCUGGGAAGAAACAAGACAUUGCCGUCACUUUUCAGCCUGACCAUUCUUCCCUCUACUACACAGACAGACUCACCAUAGAGCUGCUAAAUAAGUGUAAAAUCUGUGAGAUAGAUCUGAAGGGUGCAGUUCCUUCACAUAACAUGUAUGUGUGUGGAGCGGAUCCUUUAUCAAUACCCAUUGAUUCUCUUCUUCCUGACUUCACCCCACUUCAUCCUCGACUCACAGAGGCUGUGGAGACGCCGUGUAUCCCACUGCUCGUCACUCUGGUGGCCAGCUGCAAAGCAGGGGUCAUCAUGCCUGCCGUCAGGGAACUGCAGGUGGGCUGCAUCAGCUCCCCACACGCCGACAAAAAGAGUGGUGAGUUUCACUGGGACGACCUGGCAGCCGUGCAGCAGCAGGGCUUUUACCUGGAACCUGCUAAAGGCGUCGUGGAGGCAGGAAGCAGCUGUUCUGUCACCAUCACAUGGACACCUCAAAGUACAUACAAGGCUUUUGAGGUGGUCCAGGUGUGCGUCCCCCUCACCGUGAAGAGCGAUGAGAUCACAGCUUACAAAGUGACGCUGAUGGCUUUUGUCUCGUCCGCUGCUGACUGACCAAUACAGGAAAUGGAUGCAGAUCAGUGGAAAAACCUUGCUUCACAGCUUUUUGCUGUUUUUAUUAUUUUGAUUUUAGGGUAGUUAAUUUUUUUGUUUGUUUUUUUGCUCUUUGUGGUUAGAAAAAAUCGUGCGUGGUUUGGAGAGUCAAGAAAUGGAUGAUGCACAAAUUUAGAAAUUUAUUAUUAGAAAAAAAAACAGAAGUACCGUAAGGAUUUGCUGUUGCGGUCAUGAAAGUGCUGCCAUAUAAAAACUGAACGGUAAGAACUAAACAGUAUGUGCAGAAAAAAAAUGCUUUUGCACAAAGUCAUUUGAGCUAUUUUAGUUUGAUAAAUUCCUAACAUGAGAACAGCUAAAGCUGUAACUGUAAACACUAUAAAAAAACACUAUAAAGCUGUGUCUAGUUUAAAUGUACACAAAAAGAAAUAAAAAAUCUGAAUGACGAGUGAACGCCCA